AGUGCAAAACUGGAUACUUCCAGAGAUGCCAGGGCUUAUUACUGACUUUCUAAUUUCUCUUGACGAUCGUUUUCUCUACUUUGUGAACUGGGUCCAUGGAGAUGUAAUAUUGCAUGACAUUGAGGAAUGAGGACCCUAAAAAUCCUGUCUUGACAAGAUUCAACAUCAGGUUCUUGAGAUCUAGGGGGACAUCAGAUGAUCCAGUUAAGCUUAGAUGGGAAAGGGCUAUAUGUCACCAACUCUCUCUUCAGUGAGAACCACCUUCCCUAUGCUCACAACCCACUGUUUCUCCUUCUGCAAACAGGAUGGCAAGCAUACCCUUGGCGUCAACUCUUUCGUUAUCUCCUUUCGAUAAUAUUCCUUCUAUUCACUUGCUCCUCUGUUGCUCUAAAUUUCCGUGCUCUAAAACUUCCCCUGUUAAAUAUGGUGGAAACAGACUCCAAAUCUCCCCAUCUCGUAAAUUUCGAGUCUUUUGCCAAUCCAAGACAGAGGAGUUGAAGAUAAGAAAGUGCUCACCUUUGCUAGAGAAGGCAUAUCUUUCAAGUAAUGGUGUAUUGGUUUCUGAAGAAUUGAAAGCAGUUCCUGAUAUUUGGAGGAUUUCAGCUGAGAAGUUUGGUGAUCGAAUAGCAGUGGUAGAUCCAUACCAUGAUCCACCAUCAAGGAUGACUUAUAAACAGCUAGAGCAGGACAUUUUGGACUUCGCUGAAGGCUUAAGAGUUAUUGGAAUAAAGCCAGGCGAGAAACUUUCACUCUUUGCUGAUAAUUCGUGCCGGUGGCUUGUUGCAGAUCAAGGUAUGAUGGCAGCAGGUGCUAUUAAUGUUGUCAGAGGAUCAAGGUCACCUGCAGAAGAGCUUGUACAAAUAUACAAUCACUCAGAUAGUGUUGCACUUGCUGUAGACAACCCUAAAUUUUUCAAUCGGAUAGCAGAGAAAUUCUGUUCCAGAGCGUCAAUGAGAUUUGUUGUUCUACUUUGGGGGGAGAAAUCAUGCCUGGCAACUGAAGGGAUGGACGGUUUACCUAUUUUUAGUUACAAGGAGAUCGUAGAGCUGGGAAGAGUGAGCCGUGAGGCUCUUUGCAGUUCUUAUGAUGCUAGACAGCAGUAUAUAUAUGAAACUAUCAGCCCAGAUGACAUUGCUACUGUUGUGUAUACAAGUGGAACCACAGGCAACCCAAAAGGUGUUAUGCUUACACAUGGAAAUCUACUGCACCAGACAAAUAACUUGUGGGAAAUUGUACCUGCUGAACCUGGAGAUAGAUUUCUAAGUAUGCUUCCACCUUGGCAUAUGUAUGAGCGGGCAUGUGAGUAUUUCAUCUUUACGCUUGGAGUUGAGCAAGUAUACACAACUGUCAAACAUUUGAAGGAUGACUUGCGACAAUAUCAACCUCACUACUUGAUUUCUGUACCUUUAGUAUAUGAAACACUCUACAGUGGAAUUCAAAAGCAGAUUUCAACAAGCUCCACUGCUCGUAAGAUUAUAGCCCUUACCCUCAUAAGUGUCAGCUUGGCUUAUGUGGAGUUGAAGAGAAUACAUGAGGGACUUUGUCUAACAAGGAAUCAGAAGCAACCUUCAUACCUUGUUUCAAUGUUAGACUGGUUGUGGGCAAGACUUAUUGCUGCACUCUUAUGGCCAAUUCAUGUGUUGGCAAAGAAGCUUGUCUAUAAUAAAAUUCACUCUGCCAUUGGAAUAUCAAAGGCAGGCAUAAGUGGAGGUGGUAGUUUGGCUUUGCACAUUGACAAAUUUUUUGAGGCUAUUGGGGUGAAUAUCCAGAAUGGGUAUGGUUUAACAGAAACAUCUCCUGUCAUUGCUGCUCGGCGACUGAACUGUAAUGUUCGUGGUUCGGUUGGCCAUCCAGUUAAACACACAGAAUUCAGAAUUGUAGAUUCUGAAACAGAUGAAGUUCUCCCACCCGGAUUCAAGGGUGUUGUAAAAGUCAGAGGGCCUCCAGUGAUGAAAGGUUACUAUAAGAAUCCAUGGGCCACAAAGCAAGUCUUAGAUGAGGAUGGCUGGUUCACGACUGGUGAUUUAGGUUGGAUUGCCCCUCACCAUUCAAGUGGGCGGAGUCGUAGAUGUGGUGGUGUGAUUGUUCUUGAAGGACGUUCUAAGGACACCAUUGUCCUUUCGACUGGUGAAAAUGUUGAACCCUUGGAGCUUGAAGAGGCUGCCUUGAGAAGCACUCUAAUUCAACAAAUUGUGGUUGUUGGCCAGGUAAUUUAAUUCUAUUUGUAUUCCCAUUUUCUGAAGCUGCUAAACUGUUUGUGGCCUUCGCACUCUCUUUUCAUCAUUUCACACUAAUCUCUGCUUCCCACCUUUUUGAAUUAACAUAUUACGGUUCUGUGCAGGAUCAACGACGCCUAGGAGCCAUCAUUGUUCCAAACAAAGAAGAGGUGCUCUUAGCAGCAAAAAAGUUGUCCAUUGUAGAUGCAGAUGCCUCUGAGCUUAGCAAGCAAAAAACAACUAC